AUGGACUACUUAUUCUGGAGGGUUCUUCCGAAAUUAGAAGAUGAUCAGUUUGCGUGGAUAUUAUGGUAUAUCUGGAAAGGACGGAACAACAAGGUUUUUAGCAAUUUGGAUAUUGAUCCUAUGGAUACACUAAACUUAGCGGAAACAGAAUCGAAGCUUUGGAAGGAGGCUCAGAUAAUCCCUACACCGGUAACAGGUGAACACCUCUUGGAACUACCAUCAAUUCCAGGACGGUGGUGUUUUGUUGAUGGAUCCUGGAAGGACAAAGAGAGAUUCUCAGGGCAAGGGUGGUAUAGCACCCUUGAGGGUUUUGAUGGACUUAUGGGCGCACGGAAUGUAAGGGCUUCUCUAUCUCCUUUACACUCAGAGAUUGAGGCUUUACUUUGGGCUAUGGAGUGUAUGAAGAAUCUUUGA